CCAUUUCUUCUCUGCACACACAAACAUAACUUGGAUCCGGAGAUUCUGGGUCUUUCAUAAUAUUUUUUUCUUCUUCACAUUAUAAAACAUAUAUAGUAUAUAGACACAUAUAAAAACAUGAAUGAAAACAUAAUAUAGCCCACCAGACAUGAUUUGGUUCCUCUCUGGGAUUAAACCCCUCUUUUUGUGUUCCUCUCUUGUUGGACAACUUGAACUAUAGUUGUAAUGCCUCUAAAUCCAUGGCGUACUACUCUCUCUUCUUCUUCAUCUCUAUUACUUCUCAUUAUUCUCUUCCCUUUCGUGGCUUUCUCCUUAAACAACCAGGGUCAAGCUUUACUUACAUGGAAACAGAGCCUUAAAGGGUCACCGGAGCCAUUAACCAAUUGGAAUCCCGUCGACCAAACUCCAUGUGGGUGGUUCGGCGUUACCUGCAACUAUCGAAACGACGUCGUCGAGUUGAACAUCAAGUACGUUGACUUGUUCGGUCAAGUCCCUUCGAAUUUCUCCUCCUUGUUGACCUUAAACAAGCUCCUUUUAUCGGGGACCAAUCUCACUGGCUCAAUCCCAGACCAGAUUGGCUCACUCUCUGAAUUAACGUUCUUGGAUUUGAGUGAGAAUGGUUUAGCGGGAGAAAUCCCGGAUGGGAUUUUUGAACUGAAGAAACUCGAAAGUCUUUACCUGAAUUCAAACGAGUUCGAAGGCGUCAUUUCCGAUCGACUUGGGAACCUCGCGAGUCUAAAAUGGUUGACACUUUAUGAUAACCAACUCAGUGGAGGGAUUCCCAGUUCUAUAGGGAAGUUAACUCUGUUGGAAUCCAUCAGAGCUGGCGGGAACAAGAAUCUCCAAGGUCCUCUGCCUCAAGAGAUUGGCAACUGCGCUAAUUUGGGCAUGUUGGGCUUCGCCGAAACUAGUCUCUCCGGCUUUCUUCCUUCGAGUUUAGGGAAGUUGAAGAAGCUUCAAACAUUAGCCAUAUACACUGCUCUUCUCUCCGGUCCAAUCCCACCGGAGCUCGGAUACUGUACAGAGCUUCAGAACCUGUACUUAUACGAAAAUUCUCUCUCCGGUUCGAUCCCACCCCAAUUGGGCAACUUGAAAAAGCUUCAGAAUCUUCUCCUAUGGCAGAACAACUUGGUGGGCGUGAUCCCAUCGGAGCUCGGGACCUGUGGUCAACUCACCGUCAUUGAUGCUUCGAUGAAUUCGUUGACCGGCUCCAUUCCUGCGUCGUUUGGGAACUUAACUCUACUUGAGGAGCUCCAGCUGAGUAUGAACCAGAUCUCUGGCGAGUUACCGGUUCAACUAGUGAACUGUAAAAAGAUGACACAUAUCGAGCUCGACAACAACCAGAUCUCAGGGACUAUUCCUUCCGACAUCGGAGAACUCUCCAAUCUGACAUUGCUGUUCCUGUGGCAGAAUAAGCUCGAGGGGAACAUCCCGCCGUCCAUUUCCCGGUGCGGGAAUCUUGAGGCCAUUGAUUUGUCUCAAAAUCUCUUGACGGGACCAAUACCCAGUGGUAUAUUCGAGCUAGUUAAGCUCGAGAAGUUGCUCCUCCUCUCCAACAAUCUUUACGGCGAAAUCCCGCCGGAGAUCGGAAACUGCUCAUCGCUGAUUCGCUUCCGGGCUAGUGAGAACAAAUUGACUGGCAAAAUACCACCCCAAGUUGGGAACUUGAGGUUCUUGAAUUUCUUUGAUCUGGGUUCGAAUCGGAUCUCCGAAGCAAUACCAGAGGAGAUCUCCGGUUGCCGAAAUCUUACAUUUCUCGACCUACAUUCCAACUCCAUAGCUGGAAGCCUCCCCAGAAGCUUUGAUCAGCUUGUGUCAUUACAAUACGUUGAUUUCUCUGAUAAUAUGAUCGAAGGAUCAUUAAGUCCCAAUCUCGGAACACUGAGUUCACUCACCAAGCUCAUUCUCGGAAGAAAUCGGCUAACGGGUUCGAUUCCGAGUCAAAUCCAAUCAUGUUUGAAGCUACAGUUACUCGACCUGAGCUCCAAUCAACUCACCGGCCCAAUUCCGGCAAGUUUAGGAAAGAUACCGGCUCUGGAAAUCUCCGUGAAUCUCAGCCGGAACCAACUUUCAGGCGAAGUGCCGGAGGAAUUAACGACGCUCGAUAAGCUCGGGAUACUCGACCUUUCAUACAACCAACUUUCCGGUGAUCUCCAUGUUCUCGCUGACAUGCAAAAUCUCGUGGUCCUCAAUGUCUCCCACAACAGUUUCUCGGGGCGCGUGCCUGAUUCGCCCUUCUUUGCGAAGCUUCCUCUGAGCGUUCUAUCCGGUAACCCUUCUCUGUGUCUUUCGGGGAACCAGUGCCUCGAUGACGAGAGGCGCGUCGGCGGAGUGAGGCAUACGAUGGCAGCGCGUGUUGCCAUGGUGGUGCUUCUCUGCGCGGCGGGGGUGCUCCUCCUCACAGCUCUAUACAUCGUCAUCGGAGCAAACAAGCGGGGACUCAGAGACCGUGGGUCCCACUCGGAUAGUGACAUCGAGGCCGAUGGUGACGUGGACGUGGGUCCACCUUGGGAAGUGACUCUGUUCCAAAAGCUCGAUUUAUCGAUUGCUGACGUGGCAAAAUCUUUGACACCUGGCAACGUCAUCGGGCGAGGAAGAACCGGCGUCGUUUACAGGGUCGAGAUUGCCUCAGGAAUGCCGCUCGCCGUGAAGAAGUUCCGAGUGUCGGAGAAGUGUUCCGCAGCGGCGUUUUCGUCGGAGAUUGCCACGCUGGCAAAGAUUCGGCACCGGAAUAUCGUUCGCUUACUCGGGUGGGGAGCGAACCGAAAGGCGAAGCUACUGUUCUACAGUUACAUGGCGAAUGGAAGCUUGGGUUCGCUGCUACACGAGGGGUGCGGAGGUUUAGUGGAGUGGGACACCCGGCUCAUGAUAGCAAUAGGCGUGGCCGAGGGAAUGUCUUACUUGCACCACGACUGUGUUCCUGCUAUCGUCCACCGGGACGUCAAGGCGCACAAUAUCUUGCUGGGGGAACGCUACGAGGCUUGCUUGGCGGAUUUUGGGCUUGCCCGGUUCGUCGAAGAUGAUGAAAACGGUUCUUUUUCGGCCAACCCUCAGUUUGCCGGUUCGUACGGCUAUAUUGCGCCUGAGUAUGCUUCGAUGACAAAAAUCACAGAAAAGAGCGAUGUUUAUAGCUUUGGAGUGGUACUUAUGGAAAUAAUAACAGGGAAAAGACCUGUUGAUCCUUCAUUCCCAGAUGGCCAACAUCUCAUACAAUGGGUUCGAGACCAUUUAAAGUGCAAAAAAGACCCUAUUGAGAUUCUUGAUCCAAAGCUCCAAGGUCAUCCAGAUUCUCAAAUACAAGAAAUGCUUCAAGCACUUGGAAUCUCCCUCCUCUGCACGAGCAUUCGGGCCGACGAUCGGCCCAGCAUGAAGGACGUCGCCGUUUUGCUGAGGGAAAUCCACAAUGAACCCAUCACAGGAAAAGAGGCCCAGAAGCCCAAUACCAAGAAGUUAGACAUUACUACUACCACAAGUACUACUAAUUCUUCGUCCUCUAUGAAUGUUGUAAACCCGGCUGAUUUGUUGCUCCUCCAAGGCUCUUCUCGAUGCUCACUUGCUUAUUCAUCGUCUUCAUCUCGUGAAACAAUCAAUAAUAACGUUUGAAAAAAUAUAUAUAAAUAUAUAUGUACACUUGUUAGGGAAAAAAAUUGAGUUGACUUUGUUUAAUUAUGAUUGUUAGAUAUAGCUAUAGGAGUAGAUAAGAGAGCAAUAUGUUAUGAGGCAGUGUAAAGAGUUAGGGAAAUGGUAUUUUUUUAGUUUUUGAGUUAAAAAAGUGGAUAAAAGAAAAUUGACAAGAAGAUGAGAUCGAGGAGAUAUAUUCAUUAUUAAUUACUCUAUCAGUGUACAGCUGCUAGAAGGCUAUCUAUGUUUCUUGUUAAUGAUUAUUUGAAUUUAAAUUAUAUUUAAUUGUGGAUGUUAUUAGAUGAUGAAUUGAGGUGA